AUGUCAUCUGAUCCCCCACCAUCCUUCAAGUCUUCCAUCACUACCGACACCAACCCACCACCCCUCGGCGAGCGUAACCCCUCCUGGACGCCCGACGAACUCGCCGCGAACUACGACUUCCUCUGGAAACUAUACCUUGAAAUCACUAAAGCUAACUCCGACGCAAUACUCAACGUCCUGAAGCAGAGGGACCCGGUUGCGAUUCAGAAGGAAGCCCAAGAGAUGAAAAUCAACCAAAUGCAAGGAAUGUUGCAAUUGCAGGGUCUGUACAAGUCGGCAGAAGAGACUAAGCAGCUCGAGGCCAAGAACAAAGAGCAAGAGAACAGGAUCAGUGAGCUCGAGGCGUCGGGAAAGGAGUAUAAGGCCAAGCUUGAGGAACGCAAGGAGAGCUAG